GGUUAUUAUUCAGAACGGCCAAGUUCCCGAUACCGGAUAAAAUUUUUAUAUUAUUCUUACACUACGCGAUUGUUGAAAAAUAUUUUGAAGCGUUUAUAUUUUAUAUCGAUUGGCCUACUAAUCACUGUAAAAUGAGCACAUAAACUGUUUUGAAAAAUAUUUGGUUCAAUAUGUUGCUAAGAAAUUUAAACUUUCACAGAUUUCAGUGUGGUUUUGCACCAGCAGUGUUCCAAGUAUCCAGAUCAUCCAGCAAUAGUCCACUGCCUGAUGUCCAACAAUCCUCUGAUGAAUCUGUUUCUGAAAAACAAGUUAAACCUGAAAGGAAAUCAGUUGUCCCAUCCAACUCUAGAUUUAUAUAUCCAGAGUUUUUACCUGAUCCUAAAAUUGAAUGGAGAAACUCUUUACGAGAAAAACUAGAGCGUAUGGACAUGAUACAAAGAAGGAAACAUAUAGAUAUACCUGAAUUUUAUGUUGGGUCUAUCAUGGCUGUUUCAUCAUCUAAUCCACAUGCUCCUAAUAAAGCUACUCGUUUUGUUGGUAUAUGUAUACAACGUUUAGGAUGUGGCCUUAGAGCUAAUUUUACCCUUAGGAAUGUUAUUAAGCAUAUUGGUACAGAAAUGAAAUAUCAACUGUACGAUCCAACAAUACAAAAGAUUGAAGUGUUACGUUUAGAAAAACGUCUUGAUGACGAGUUGUUAUACUUGAGAGAUGCACCUAAUGAAUACAGUACAUUUGAUGAAAAUAUGGAAGUUGAAUAUUUACCCGAAGGAGCACCUGUACCUGUGAACCCUCUAAUGGUUAAGUUAAAACCCAGACCUUGGCGUGCCAGGUGGGAAAGAAAAGAUAUGAAAGGAUUAGCUGAUUUAGGACUAGAAGAGAGGUUUUAUGAAAGAGCUAAAGAAUUAGCAACACCUUGGGAGAAAUAUGACUUAAUGAAACAAUAUAGGAAAACAAUACCAGAGGAAGAGCAAAAAGAAAUAUUUGCUGAAGUAUAUUCAGAAUUACAUGAAGUUGAAGUAAUGCGCAAGAAACUGAAACGUAAAAAAGUUUUUGUCAAGCCCACCAAAAAUGUAUAGAAUAAUUUUAAUAAUGUACAAUACAAUAAUAUCUAAAUAAAGGAUUUUUUCUAAAUAUAUA